CCUUGUCCUGUGGCUCUGUGGAUGGGGCACCGGUGACCCCCGAGACUGGACUGUCGAGGCAGAAUGUUUGCCUCUGUGAGAGCAGCAAAUGGUACAGGGCACCAUGGCGGCUUCUGAGGUAGCUGGACUUGGGGCCAAUGCACCUAGUCCUCCAGAAUCCAAAUCAGAUGAAGGGCUCCCUGAUGCUCUAAGCCCCAAAGACCCUCCACAGAAGCAGAAGAACUCGCCUCCAUCAACUGUAAAUAGCCACAUGAUAAUGAAGGAGAAUAACAGAAAUGUACGUGUGGAUCACCCCGAGCAGAAUCCUGGUUCAUCAGCGGGUGACCCUGCAGCAGCACACCAGGAGGCUUUAGGAGAGAACUUGGUAGCCACAGCCCUUUGUCUUUCUGGCAGUGGCUCUCAGUCUGAUUUGAAGGACUUGGCCACCACAGCAGGAGAGGAAGGAGACAUGAGCCUCCAGGAGAGCUUCCAUCCGGUCAAUCGGUCUCUUAAGGCAGGGUGCCAUACAAAGCAGCUUGCCUCCAGGAAUUGUUCAGAAGAGAAAUCCCCACAAGCCUCCAUCCUAAAAGAAGCUAGCAGAGACACAGGCUUGGAUUUCCAACCUGGAGUGCCUCCAGCAAAUGGGGUUGAAGGAGUCCAAGUGGAGCCGGAGGAUGAUCAGGACAGCUCUUCCCUGAAGCUUUCUCAGAACAUUGCUGUGCAGACUGACUUUAAGACGACGGAUUCAGAGGUAAACACAGAUCAAGAUAUUGAAAAGAAUUUGGACAAAAUGAUGACAGAAAGAACUCUGUUGAAGGAACGUUACCAGGAAGUCCUGGACAAGCAGAGACAGGUGGAGAAUCAGCUCCAAGUGCAACUAAAACAACUGCAGCAAAGGAGAGAGGAAGAAAUGAAGAAUCACCAGGAGAUACUGAAGGCUAUUCAGGAUGUGACCAUAAAGCGGGAAGAAACAAAGAAGAAAAUAGAGAAAGAAAAAAAGGAGUUUUUGCAGAAAGAGCAGGAUCUGAAAGCUGAAAUUGAGAAGCUUUGUGAGAAAGGCAGAAGGGAAGUGUGGGAAAUGGAACUGGAUAGACUUAAGAAUCAGGAUGGUGAAAUUAAUCGUAACAUUAUGGAAGAGACAGAACGAGCCUGGAAGGCGGAGAUCUUAUCACUAGAGAGCCGGAAAGAGUUGCUAGUAUUGAAACUAGAAGAAGCAGAAAAAGAAGCAGAGCUACAUCUUACUUACCUCAAGUCAACUCCUCCAACACUGGAAACAGUUCGUUCCAAACAGGAGUGGGAAACAAGACUGAAUGGAGUUCGGAUGAUGAAGAAGAAUGUCCGUGACCAAUUUAAUAGUCAUAUCCAGCUAGUGAGGAAUGGAGCCAAGCUAAGCAGCCUUCCUCAAAUCCCCACCCCCACUUUGCCUCCGCCCCCCUCAGAGACAGACUUCAUGCUUCAAGUGUUUCAACCCAGUCCCUCCCUGGCUCCUCGGAUGCCCUUCUCCAUUGGGCAGGUCACAAUGCCCAUGGUUAUGCCCAGUGCAGAUCCUCGUUCCUUGUCUUUCCCAAUCCUGAACCCUGCCCUGUCACAGUCCAACCAGCCUUCCCCACCCCUCCCUGGCUCCCAUGGGAGAAAUAGCCCUGGUCUGGGUUCCCUUGUCAGCCCCCACAGUCCACACAUGCCCCCUGCCGCCUCCAUCCCGCCUCCCCCAGGCUUGGGCGGUGUUAAGGCUUCUACUGAAACUUCCCGACCCCAACCAGUAGACAAACUGGAGAAGAUCCUGGAGAAGCUGCUGACUCGGUUCCCACAGUGUAAUAAGGCCCAGCUGACCAACAUUCUUCAGCAGAUCAAGACAGCACGCACCACCAUGGCUGGCCUGACCAUGGAGGAGCUGAUCCAGCUGGUAGCUGCACGGCUGGCAGAGCAUGAGCGGGCAGCAGCAAGUACUCAGCCACUUGGUCGGAUCCGGGCCUUGUAUCCUGCCCCAUUGACCCAAAUCAGUACCCCAAUGUUCCUGCCUUCUGCCCAGGUUUCAUAUUCUGGAAGGUCUUCACAGGCUCCAGCCACUUGUAAGCUGUGUCUGAUGUGCCAGAAACUUGUCCAGCCCAGUGAGCUGCACCCAAUGGCGUGUACCCAUGUAUUGCACAAGGAGUGUAUCAAAUUCUGGGCCCAGACCAACACAAAUGACACUUGUCCCUUUUGUCCAACUCUUAAAUGACUGACCUGUCUGAGCAGGAAGAAGAGGAGAAACUGAUGUGAGCAGGAAGCACGGGUUGGAGAUUUCUAAAACUCUAUAUUUAUACAGUGAUAUAUACUCAUGCCAUGUACAUUUUUAUUCUAUAGGUAAUGUGUGUAUAGAAAGUCUGUAUUCAGAUGUUCGUAAAUGAAAAUAUGUAUAUAACGCAGAAAUAUUGUUUCCCCCUCAUCUUGCAGUCCUUUUGGGGGAGGCAGAUUGUAGAGAAGAUGUUGUUUAGUUUGGCCUCAAAAUUAUGAUAUCCUGUUUUCAAAUACAUCUAGGAAGCUGCUGUAGCUCUAAGGCCAUCCUGCUUUGGUUUGGCUCAGCCCCUAGUCCAUUUUCUUAAGGCUCAUGUGUGCAGAUUUGCAGCCUGGUGCUCACCUGCUGUCCAACCAGAUGCCUUGCUUGUGGAGAGCCUCUGGAAGCCUCAGUGUUGUAGCCGUUCCACUCUGAACAGAUAAAAUAAGACUCAUGAAGGGAAAAAUGUAAUCCUAGUAGUUUGACUUCUCAUUGAAUAUUUUACUGUGUUAAUGCUCAUUAUUUAUACAUAGACAUCGGGUUUACAGAAUAUUGUUUUACAUCAACAAAAUUCACAGUCCAAGAAUAACAAUAUAACCAGGUCCCAUUUCCCCCACAAGCUUCUGUCCACCCCAUUUCCUGGGUAGUAAUUAGCACAACCAACAGGUUUUUCCCAGGCUAAGCCAUUCCUUUUGGUCACUGACUUGGCUUCCACUCAAGGUCUGAAAAAUGCAGCCUUGCGAAGUCCUCACCCCUACCCAUUCCUCUGGUCUGCUAGUCUGGCUAAACCCCCAACACCCCUCAAAGGUUAAGGCAGUUGGUUUACAACCAAGUUGUUGGGUGACCUUGGGUGAGCUCCUGACAGGCACUGGGGUGAGAUGUCUGUGCAGUUACUUGCCAAAUAUUAUCUUGGGAUGCUGGGUUAAUUUUUGGAGCAAGAAAGCUAUGGGGGGUGGGAAGGGAGGGAGGAGGUAGAACGCGAGGGUAUAGUAUGUUUCCUGUCCUGGGAAAAAUAGAAAACAAAGUGAUGAAAAAGGGUGGUGCGGGACUUUAUGGUUAAUGUGGAACUGGGUCAUUUUUCUACCUUUGCUUAUUAAGCACUUCCAUUUUCUAGGUUUUAUACCUGGGAAGGCAAUAGCUCUAAUAGAGCUUUAAAUCUUUUUUUAUUGCUAGAGGACAUAGCUUUAGCUCCCUUCUCUUUUAGAAUUAAACAAGUAACUAUAAAGUGUUACUGGCUCCAGGGGAACAGUAUCCCUGUUAUUAGCGAUCAAAUUUUCCCAUUCUGAGUUGUGGAAAAGUUCAUUGGUUCUAGUAAUAUGUAUCCGGGUAGCAAAGACUUCCUUUCAGAUCCACCUAAAUUCUCUGUUCUUGUUACCUUCUUUCUCUUUUGUCUCUCAUCCUUGCCUGUUAGCUCACAGACAGAUUUUCUUGCUCUUGCCUUACGUGUCCAGGUUUACUGACAAGCAUCAGUCUAAAGAACUGGACUUCCCUGGCCUGCCUUGGCAUCUUGUAGGGCAACUAGAAUGGCCUCAGUACCAACUCUUUAGAGGUCAAAUGAUGUACUUCCUUUGCCUAUUACUAGUAUUACUUUCUCCAGUUUGGAAAACAGGAGAAGUAAGAGGAACAGGAAAAGUAGCAAAAUGGAAGAUCAGUUCUUUUGUUCUUUUCAUUUGGAGGAUUCACUUUUUAUUUUAUAAUCUUAGGUUUUUCUCUUCUUUCAACUUUGCACAGCCUUGAGUUACCUGUGUCUCCUGAAAAAUCCAGAAAUUGGCAUAAAGAAUAUUAUUUCUUUCCCCAUUACAACCUUUGAAGCUGAAAGAGUAGAGAGAAAAAAA